AUGGGUCAAAGCAUGUUCUUUAGAUGCAGACAACCCAGACACUUUGCUAGGGAGUGCCCACAAGGUGUCGAUAGCACGGGGAGACCUCAGGCUGAGGACAGGGUGUUCACCCUUAGUCGGGAAGAGGCUCAUAAGUUGCCUGAGAUGAUCCGAGAUACGGUUACUGUGAAUGGCUACCUUGUGGAUACUUUGUUUGACUCAGAUACCAGCCACUCGUUUAUAUCGUAUGAUUGUGCUAGGUGCUUAGGUCUUGCUUAUGCCCACUGUUACACUAUGUUGGACCUAAUAUGCAUGCCUUUCUGUGAUAUUGAUAUUGUCCUUAGUUUGAACUGGUUGUCCUCCCAAAAUGUCCUCCUUGACUGUAAAAACAAAACACUGAUCCUUCCUACCCGAGAGUUAACCCUUACGGCAAAAGUGAAAUUGAAUGUGAUUUUGGUGGCUCAAGCGGAUAGGUGGUUAAGACAGGGUUGCCAAAGUUAUAUAGUGUUCUUCUCGAGGAAGGCAGAAACAAAAGAAGGAAUUUUGGAUAUUCCAGUGGUUCAGGAAUUCCCUGAGGUAUUUCCAACAAAGAUUAGUGGACUACCCCCUAAAAGAGAGAUUGAAUUUGCUAUUGAUCUGGUGCCCAGAACGAGCUCAAUUUCAAAGGCUCCGUAUCGGAUGGCUCCAAAUGAGAUGACAGAACUAGAGAAACAAUUAGAGAAGCUCUCUGGCAUAUCCCCAUGA